UCGGAAAACAGAGAAGAAACCAAAUCGAGAUGAGGAUGAUACAUUUACAUGUCCGGAUGUACUCGGCUAGACUGGUAGCGAUGGCAAAAGUGCAUAUCGAGCCGAAAGAACUAAAUAUCGCUUGGCGGAGCUGUUAAAUAUAUUACGAGAGAUCAGUGAAUUGCAGUCGGAACCGGUUGGGGCCCAAAUUGGAGCUGGACAAAAAAUGAGAGGAGUGGAAUUCGAACGAGAGGCUAUUUCACGAGCGGAUGCUAGCUUCAUGAAAGAACUUCAACGACUAAAAGCAAAAGGGCAACUUGAACUAUUUGAACAUCUUUCUAGGCUUGCGGAUACUUGCCAAUCAGCACGGGAUGGAUUUGGUCCUUUGGAGGAUGAGGUCUUCGAAGUACAAUGUUGGUAUGAGGGGAGGCUGUGGGGACUCAGACAGGCAGAAGAUGCAUUAUUCGAAGAUUUUGCACCCGAGUUUCGAGAGGUCUAUGAGGAGUCUCCAGUGGCUUCAAGUUCAGGUUCAAGCUCAGCACACAAUAUCUUGGAUAUUUCUUCACCCGUCAACGUUAAAAAUUGUGAAUUGCGAGAUAAACAAAAGGAAGACAAAACAUCAAGGAAAGCGCCUGUCUCUCACGUUUUGCGAAUGUUGAAAAAUUUUACUCGAAUUCAAGAGCAAGAUAUUGCCUCUCUUCGUUUUCGGCACACACUAGUAUCGACAGCUAGCAUUAAUUGUGUCGAUCCGAGAUUCAAUUUCAUCUGACGAUAGGAGCAAGGAAUAAGAGGAGGAUAUAUCAUUACUGGAUCUAGAAAAUCGAGAGUCGUUAGGGCACCAAGAAAUACAUUACGAGCCUACACUGUCAUUAGAGCCGGUGGUUGUCGAAAGCGUCGAUGAUAAAGCUCAAGAAUCUGAGUUAGUGCUGAGUUUAGGUUCUGAAGUCUGCAAUCUAGAUCUGGUUGAGGACGAUGAUUUGACUGCAGUUGUUACAGAACGGCAAUCAAGUACAGAAUCAUUUCCCAAAUUGCUAACGAAUUUCGCUACACGAGGCGAUCGAAUAAAUAAAUGGCUACUACAUACGACGCUCAUUUCCAAAUCAGAAGCAAAUCCUAUUGGGCUACAACUGCAAAAAGAAACCGACUCAUCACCAUUUUCGUGGGCGCAAUUGAUCAUUGCUUUUUUCGAGUUUGAUUAUAAUACUUCCAAGCCUACCAACAAGACGGUCUCAAUGGAUGCGAACGCAAUGGAAGGAAUUGAUAUGCGCGAUAUCUUGAUGACAUCUCCUCAAUUCAAUACAUCAAAGAAUCAGGAGCCUUCAGGUAACGGAAAACAAGAGACGACAAGCAAAUUAUGUUCUGCUUCAAUCCCUAACAGCAUCGCCAAAAUUAACAUCACCACUCCUGCUGAACAUCUAUGUACUAUCAAAAAUUUCGAAACUCAUGAUAGCAUGGCGGACCAGUCGAUAUCCAAAGAAGUACCGUCGCAACUAGAACUACCAAAUUCUACCUAAUCCAGUAUUAAUGAAUUAAACCACCAUCUCACUAGCCUCCAAAUACCAGAUACGAUAAUCUCAGCAGGAACGGGUAAUUUGAUAUUACACGAGCUUUAUGAGCGCAGCCCAAUAAGCAAAGACGCGAACUACAAAGUAGGCGGGAAAGGAAAAGGGAAGAUGGAUUGUCAAAAGAUACAUGGAAUUCAGCACCGAGGACUUUGCGGAAAAGCCAGCCAAGGAAAUCUCUACCUACGGCAGGAAUGCCCAUGUAUUCUUGCAGCAGCAAUAAGUCC